AUGGCUACCAUCACCGGUGAUGCCAUAAUCACCACCAAUUGGUGGCAUUGGUUUAGUGGCCACAACAUAGCUGGCGGUGUUGUUAUUGUCAGAGAUAUACGCCUACAUUGGAAAUCACGCAAAGGCCAAUCGCACGGCGGGUGUCACCAGUGCUGCCACGCGGACAAGCCGUACGUCUGCGAGUGGGAGAACUGCGGCAAACGGUUCCGUUCGCGGCCACAUCUGGACGCGCAUAAGAACAUACACACCGGCCGUCGCUUCUCAUGCGAUUGGCCCAACUGUGGCAAGAGUUUUAUGCGCAAAUACAACCUGGUCGAACACCGCAAACUCCACUCCAGUGUCAAUCCCAAUGUUUGCGAGUUUGCAAAUUGUGGCAAAUUUUUCUCAAGUAAUUAUAUCUCA